UGUACGUGUACGUAAAGGCCACACAACAGGUCGAGAACUAAGUACGAUCGGCCACCUGCAACUACCAAGGACCUUGGGACGAUUUCUGGCCACCCAAGGCCAGAAAAAAAAUUGUGCCCCAACAAUCUGCCGAGCUUGCGUCGCCUGAUUACUAAACCACGGACUUGCAAGUACAACAACUUGUCACGGGCCGCGCAGGCAAAGUUGCAAUUGCUUCGGCCUUUCGGAUUAUCGCCGUGGAACUCGUGUAUUGUCAGCACCGAGGGCUUGAUUGACCGGUCUCGACCAUCGACUUCUGACACGCCUGAUUGGAACUGCUUUUUGGAGAAACUCCGGAUAUUGCAUACGGCACAAGUUGAUGCGGAUCUCUUCUGAUCGAUCCGUCAAGAUAGGACGGGCGUGGCGGUUCGGAUCAUUAUGGCGAGCAAUGGAGACUUCGACUUGAGCAGUCUCUCAGCGAGCCAGCAAGAGGCUCUUCAACAGUUCACGGAUGUAACGAGCCAGGAGAUCAAGGAUGCCGUCCCCCUCCUCGAAAGGUCGCAAUGGAACGUGCAGAUUGCGAUUGCCAAGUUCUUCGAUGGCGAAGGCCCCGACCUGCUUGCCGAAGCCCAGGCUGCACUCAACAGCGUCCCGCGGGUGACAGCGAGACACGAAAACCUUCACGAGAGCUUGUUAGAUGCCGACACUCUCCCUCACCGAUCGGCAAGGCGGCCUCGAACAGAACCUGCGCCACGGGUGGUGCCUCGGCCCUCGGUACAGUACCAUACACCGUUCUUGGUGGCCGUACUCUUCGCGCCUUUCCGGUUCGGGUACAAGCUCUUCGCCGGCGUCUUCAGGUCGCUCAUUUACUUUCUGUCCUUCCUCCCACAAUCGCUCCGGCCGCGGUUCGUUGCGUCGACGAUCUCGAAGGGACUGAGGCAGACAGGAGGGCGGAGGUUGACCUUGCCCAAGGAAACGGCCCAGAGGUUUCGGCGUGAUUUUGAGGAGGAGUAUGGGGCGCACGGCCUUCCCUUCUACGAAGGCGGUCACGCCCAAGCGUUGGACGCGUCCAAGAGGGACCUCAAGUUCUUGCUGACCGUUAUCCUGUCCCCCGAGCACGACGAUACCGAGUCCUUCGUCCGGAAUACGCUUUUGUCGCCGGAGGUGGUGAACUUUAUCAAGGAUCCUGCCAACAACAUCAUUUUGUGGGGAGGGAACGUGUUGGACUCGGAGGCAUAUCAGGUCGCGAGAGAGUAUAAUUGUGUCAAGUUCCCCUUCUCAUGCCUCGUCUGCCUCACGCCUAAGGAGGGCAGUACACGCAUGGGAAUUGUCAAACGCCUAGUUGGACCGAUGACCCCUGAAUCGUACCUCGCCGGGAUCCAGGGCGCCAUCGCCAAGUACGGGCCUGACCUGGACGGUGUGCGGGCGGAGCGAGCCGCGCAGGAGAUGGCACGCAACCUGCGAUCUCAGCAGGACUCUGCAUACGAGAGGUCUCUGGCCGCAGACAGGGAGAGGGCGCGCCAGAAACGAGAGGCGGCGGCGGCGGCAGCGGCGGCCGAGAAGCGUGCCAGGGAAGAGGCCGAGGCGGCCGCACGGUUGCAGGAGCAGCGGCAAAGGUGGAGGGAAUGGCGAGCUACUACCAUCGCACCCGAGCCAGAUGCCGGCUCAAAGGAUGCGGUCCGGUUGGCACUCAACAUGCCUGCCUCAUCUGGUGCCGGAAGAGUGAUCCGGCGAUUUGCGGGCCAAACAACCAUGGACGAGCUCUACGCCUUCGUGGAGUGCUAUGACCUCCUGCAGAGCGAGUCCCGCAUCAACAAGCCGGAGAAACCUGAGGGCUAUGAGCACAAGUACGGGUUCAGGAUUGCCUCGGUCAUGCCGCGAGAAACAUUUGAGCCGAGCACGGUCGUCACCGUCAGUGAGAAGAUGGGCAGAGGUGGCAACCUGGUCGUCGAGGAUAUCAUGCCUGAUGAGGAGGAGGAUUAACCAUUGUCACGUAAUAGAAUUAUGAGUACUCUACAGUAGCAGUUGGAUGGGGCGUAGGACAUGAAAACACCGUAUACAAACGUCAACCGGCACUGUCUUUUGAUCUUUGCAAAGCCAACCAGUUUAAAGAUCGCGGGGCUUAUCUUAUCAACAAACACC